GGGCAGACUAGCUGGGGAUUGCCAAAAUCAUAACUGGGGAAAAGUGGAGGUCUGUUGCUCUUUGAAGAUUAUUUUUAUUGCAGCAAGAAAGGCAGUCCAGGAAAGUUCUCCAUGAAUGUACGUCACAAUGAUGAUGACAGACCAGAUACCACUGGACCUGCCACCGCCCUUACUGAAUGGGGAGGUUCCCAUGAUGCCUCACAUGGUUAACGGGGAUGGAUCGCAGCAGGUCAUCCUGGUUCAGGUCAACCCUGGAGAAACGUUCACCAUAAGGGCAGAAGAUGGAUCCCUGCAGUGCAUCCAAGGCCCGGCCGAGGUUCCCAUGAUGUCCCCCAACGGCUCCAUCCCGCCGAUCCACGUGCCCCCAGGUUAUAUCUCCCAGGUUCUUGAGGAUAACACCGGGGUCCGGCGAGUGGUGGUCACCCCCCAGUCUCCGGAGUGUUACCCGCCGAGCUACUCCCCGGCCAUCUCCCCCACUCACCACCUUCCCCCCUACCUGGCCCACCCCCACUUCAUCCCAAACUCUCACAACCCCUUCUAUCCCCCGGUCAACCCUGGAGACAUGCCACCCCACCAAUACUACCAGCACCACCUGCCCCCCAUGUACAGUGAAGAGAUCAUCCCGGUCUACGGGAUGUCCAGCUACAUCGGCAGGGAGGAGCAGUACAGCAAGCCACAGCCCAAGAAGAUCAAGGAGAGGCAGCUGGACCGGCAGAACCGUCUGAACAGCCCGCCCUCCUCCAUUUACAAGACCAACGCAGGCUGUACCACCACGCACAACGGCUACGGCAAGAGCCAUGGGGGUGGCGGCGGCGGUGGGGGCGGUGGGGGUGGCGGCGGCGGGGGUGGCGGCAGCCCAGGCGUCAAGAAGACGGACCGCCGGGCACGGAGCAGCCCCAGAACCAGCGAGCCGGAGCUCCAGGACCACGAUUCAGAGGUAAAAAGAGUUCAAGAUGUGCUUUCAGGAAUCGACAAACCACAGGUGUCCAAUGUCCAGGCUCGCACCGCCCUGCUGACCUGGUCCCCGCCUACGGGCCUCCUGUCGCGGGACAGGCACAGCAACGGGCUCCCCUACACCUGCAGCUACGAGGUGACACUGUCAGACAAGGGACGGGACGGGAAGUACCACGUCAUUUACAGUGGAGAGGAAUUGGAGUGUAGUUUGAAAGAUCUCCGACCUGCAACAGACUAUCACGUAAGAGUGAACGCCGUGUACAAUUCAGUGAAGGGGUCCUUCUCAGAGGCAGGGACCUUCACCACCCACAGCAGCUCCCCUGACUGCCCCUCUCCUCCCAAACUGUCCCAUCGGACCAAGAGCACCCUCACCCUACAGUGGAAGCCCCCCAUAGACAACGGAUCAAAAAUCACCAACUACCUGUUAGAAUGGGAUGAGGGAAAGAAAAACAAUGUAUUCAGAGAAUGUUACUUCGGCAGCCAAAGGCACUAUAAACUCACACGACUCUGUCCAGCCAUGGGGUACACGUUUCGAGUAGCAGCGCGGAAUGACAUCGGCACCAGUGGCUUCAGCCCGGAAGUGGUCUUCUACACGACUGGAAACCUCCCCCAGCUGCCGCUGGCGCCGCGGCUGGUGCGAGCCGGUAUCACCUGGAUCACACUGGAGUGGAACCGACCCGACGGCUGCACGCCCGAGGAGGUCAUCACGUACACCCUGGAGAUCCAGGAGGAGAACAAUGGAACUGAGUUUAAUCCAAAGUACACUGGAGAAAACUUGACAUGUACUGUGGGAGGACUGAAGAGGAGCACACAGUAUAAAUUCAGGCUCAUAGCCUCCAGCAUGGGAGGGAGAAGUAGCCCCAGUGAGAUCCUGGUGUGCAACACGAGUCCAGACAAGCCGGGCCCACCCUCCAAGCCUUGCAUCAAGGGUGCUGUGACGCCCUACAGCUUCUGCGUGAAAUGGGACCCUCCACAAGACAACGGCGGUUCGGAAAUCUUGACAUACCUCUUGGAAAUUUCAGAAGGAAAUUCUGACGCCAAUCAGUGGGAUAUUGCGUAUAGUGGACCGGCCACGGAGUGUGAAUGCGAUCACUUGAAACCUGGCACUUUGUACAGACUGCGGAUCUGCUGCAUCAGCACCGGCGGGCACAGUCAGUGCUCCGAAAGCUUGCCGGUCCGUACGCUAAGCGUGGCCCCGGGUCCCUGCCAGCCCCCGAGAAUCGUGGGUAAAGCCAAACACAAGGAAGUGCAACUACAGUGGGACUCUCCUCACUCUGAGGGCUCAUGUGAGGUCACUGAGUACAGCGUGGAGAUGAGCCAGGCGGACGCCGACCCCGCCGAGGUGUACCACGGACCCAACCUGGAGUGCACCGUGGGCAGCCUGCUCCCCGGCGCCACCUACAGCUUCCGCGUGCGCGCCGCCAACGAGGCCGGGUAUGGAGCUUACUCUGACGCCACAGAGGUGACGACUGCAGCUGGUCCUCCAGGCCAGUGUGCGGCGCCCUUCCUCACCUUGAUGUCCACUACCUGUGUUCACGUGAGCUGGGAGAGCCCCGAGAACUCCGGCGCUGACAUCUCGGAGUACCGCCUGGAGUGGAGCCGGGACGAGGACUCCCUGGAGCUCAUUUACUCUGGUACAGACACCCAGUGUGAGAUCUCGGACCUGGCACCAGCAACGCACUACUGCUGCAGGCUACAGGCGGCCAAUCAGGCAGGAGCGGGCCCCUACAGUGAGCUGGUGAGCUGCCAGACCCCCGCCAGCACACCCGACGCCGUCUCCACCUUCUACCUAGUGGACCACGACCCCACAGAUGACCACCCAUUCUCGCCCUCCACGUGCCUCGCCCUGAAGUGGGAGGAGCCCUGCAGCAACGGGGCAGAGAUCACCUCCUAUACCAUCGCACUGGGAGACAGCCUGAUCAGCGUGGAGCACGUCACUUGCCACGUGAUCGAGGGCCUACAGCCGGACAGCGAGUACAGCCUGCGGAUCCAGGCGGUGAACGAGAUCGGCGCCGGCCCUUUCUGCCCGCCGCUGCAGGCCCGGACCCGCCCCCUGCCCCCGGCGCCGCCCCGCCUGGAGUGCUCCGCCGCCGGGCCCCAGAGCCUCAAGCUCAAGUGGGGUGAGAGCAGCGGAGGCCCCCGGGUGCUGGCCAGCGACGACAUGGCCUACGCCCUGCAGAUGGAGGACAAGAACCGGAGGUUUGUUACGAUCUACAGAGGACCAAGCCACACCUACAAGGUACAGAGACUGACAGAGUCCAGCAGCUACAGCUUCAGAAUACAGGCGGUGAGCGAGGCAGGAGAGGGGCCCUUCUCUGACGUCUACACCUUCACCACCACCAAGUCCGUGCCCCCCGCCCUAAAAGCUCCCAGAGUCGUCCAGCUCGACGGAAAUGUGUGCGAGGUCACGUGGGAGUCCGUUCCACCAAUGAGAGGAGACCCGGUCAGCUACAUCCUCCAGAUUCUGGUCGGGAGGGAGUCCGAGUACAAACAGGUGUUCAAGGGAGAGGAGACGGCCUUCCAGAUCUCAGGCCUGCAGAGCAACAUGGACUACCGCUUCCGCGUCUGCGUGUGCCGCCGCUGCCUGGACACCGCCCAGGAGCUGUGCGGGCCCCUCAGCCCCUCCUCCCUGUUCAUGCUGCGCCGCUCCGAGCUGGCGCUGCCCGGAGAACCGGGCGCCGCCGACACCGACAAGGCCCUGGGCGUGAUCUCCUCCGACGAACAGUUCGCCGCCCUCAUCGUCCUGGGCUUCGCCACCCUCUCCAUCCUCAUGGCCUUCAUCUUACAGUACUUCUUCAUGAAGUAAGAGAGCACAAGGCGAGAGAAAUCAAAAAAAGGGGGCAAGAAAAAGAGAGAGAAUACAGAAAAAAAAAAAAAAACUUGAGAUAUAUUUUUUAAAAAAAUGCGACGCGUUGUAGUCCCAGUACGUAUUCAGGCUUUGCUCUUCCUCGUCUUUCACUUUUCUAUGUUCCUCUCUUUCAUUGCCGUCUCUUCUCUUUGUCUCUCUCUCUCUCUCUCCUUUUCCGUUUGUACCGUACGGAUUUCACUCGAGAGGAGCCUUGGGCCUUUGUCGCACCUUGUUUGGGAAAGCAAAUUCUGCUUAACAAGCCUUAAAAGGAGUCGUGAGCAAAAACAGUUGCUAGCUGGCUGAUUUGCAUGUGUUUGUAUCGUUUUAAAUGUAUUUGACUAAAAAAAAUGUAUUUUUCUUUACAUUG